AUGGGCACGCUGAGUCAGCUGGUGACGGUCGUGUGGAAGGAGCUGUGCCUGCGCACCAUGCUUCGCCAAGGCUGGCUAUCGCUCUCCGAGUGCCUGCUCGGACCGCUGCUCUGCCUCGUGCUCCUUUUGACCACGGGCCCGCCAUUCGUGGACCGGCUGCGCGACGUGCCGCUGAGCGGUGUCCAGCUGCUCGACUGGCCGUGCGCCGUGGUCGAGAAGCAGCUGGUGUUCCGACGCGUGGCGUACGCGCCACACGCACCCUACUCGAUGCGUCUCAUGGAGGCCACGUUCCGCGACUUCAGCCCGGUGGAGGGACUCGUGGGUUUCCAGGACCCUCAGGCCGUGACCGAAUUCACACGCACCAAGGCCAACGACUCGGACGCCUUUGACCUGAUCAUCGUUUUCGACAACCUGCGCAGAACCGACGACAAGCCGCCGGAGGAUCUGCGCUACACGCUGCGCUACAACACGAGCCGGCUGUACCUGCUGGACGACCGCGACGACCGGCGCGGCUACUACCCUUUGCGUCGCGACUACGUGGUGCCGCUCGUGUGCCUGCUGGGCGACAGCCACCUGCGGCUCAUGGCGCGGGCCCUGGGUCGGCCCGACCCGAGCUACCUCUGGCGCACGCGUUCCUUCAACGACAACAAAGGCCCGAGAACGGUGGUGCACCGGGACUACAGCGCCCUCGCGUUCGAGCUGGGCUUGGUGUGGCUGCUGCUAAACUACGCUGCCGACACGGUUCGCGACAAGCGGGUGCGGCACCGCGAGUUCCGGCGCAUCAUGGGCCAGACUUCGUUCGUCUACUGGUUCGAGGUGCUGCUGCGUGGCCUCGGACCCAUGCUGGCCUCGUGCUGCGGGCUCCUGUUCGUGGUGACCAGCGUGCCGGACCGUUUCGGCUUCUCCUACCUGCAGUACACGGACCCGACUGUGUUACUCACGCUGAUGUACAUAUACGCACUGCACAUGCUCACGUUCGUCACACUCGUCACCACCUUCUUUACGUCGGAGACGCUGGUCGUCCUGGCCACCUGCUUCGCGGUACUCGUCUCCUUCCUGCCGUACCUCCUGUUCGUCGAGAUGACGUUUCCUUUUCGCCUCCUCUGCUGCGUGCUGCCAAACACGGCGCUUCAGCUCGCCAUGGACAUCAUCGUCACCUUCGAACGAGACAUGACUGGCAUGCAGUGGGACCAGCUGAACCUGAUGUUGUCCGCCGACGUGCCCAGUCUAGCGUCGCUACUGCUGGUCAUGCUGCUGGCAGUGUCGUUUAACCUGGCACUGGCCCUGGCAAUGGACGACUUGCUCCCGCUUUCAACAAACGCCGGGGGACCCCGAAUCUUUCGCGCCUGCACGAUAGACGAUGCAUUAGCCCGACUCUACUUUUCGUCGAUGGAUCUCAAGACUGGUUAUCGGCAAAUUGAAGUCGGAAACAGGGGUCCAGAGAAAACCGCGUUGAUGGCGCCAGACGACCUCUUCGAGUUCAAGGUGAUGCCACUCGGACUUUGCUAUGUGUCUGCAACGUUCGAGCGCGUGGUGGACACAGUCUUGGCUGGACUGAAGUGGCAGACUUGUCUCGUCUACUUGGAUGACGUUGUAGUCUUUGCCACGAAUUUCGACGAUCACCUGAGGUGGCUUGAGACAGUAUUAGAGGCUAUCGAGUCAUCUGAGCUUACCCUGAAGCCGGAAAAGUUCCGUUUCGCUUACGAAGAACGUCUUUUCCGAGGCCACGUCCUCAAGUCUGUAGUCCGGCUCGACCCACAGAAGGCAGCUGGCAUAGCUGAGUUCCCGCGGCGCGUCGAUGAAAAGGCAGUGCGCAGAUUCAUUGGCCUGUGUGCCUUUACAGGCGCUUUGUGA